ACAACUCACUGAGGACGCGUCACUGAGCACUGUACGCGUACACAUUCACCAUCCUUCCUUCCUCUCACCCGUUUCUGUUUGUCAUCAUGUCGAUAAUGGAAUAUAACGGUGGCUCCGUCAUAGCUAUGGUCGGGAAGGACUGUGUCGCCAUUGCAUCUGACUUACGACUUGGAAAUCAAGCCCUAGGCAUCUCUUCCAAUUUUCAAAAGAUAUUCCCAGUAACAGACCGCAUAUAUGUUGGGCUUCCUGGUCUGGCGACCGAUGUAACUACACUACGAGAGAGAUUCAGAUACAGAGUCAACAUGUACACCAUCAAGGAAGAACGUGAAAUCGAGCCAGAGACAUUUGCCCAUCUCGUGUCGUCUACUCUAUACGAACAUCGAUUUGGCCCAUAUUUCAUCGAACCCGUUAUGGCUGGUCUCUCCAAGACACCUUCUGGUGGCCUGAAGCCUUUCAUUGCAGCUACCGACCUCAUUGGAUGUCUAAAUUUUGCUAAAGACUUUGUUGUCGCCGGAACGGCCAGUUCCAAGUUGUAUGGUGUUGCUGAAGGUCUAUGGGAGCCUGGUUUGGAGCCUGAGGAUUUGUUCGAGACGAUAUCCCAGACGAUUUUAAAUGCUGUCGAUCGUGAUGCAUACUCGGGUUGGGGCUGCAUAGUGCAUGUCAUUACCAAGGAUAAGGUGGUUUCUCGUACACUCAAAGGGAGAAUGGAUUGAUUCCUAUGUUGUACUAUAUCUACAAAUUCGGCAUUGACAGAAAUUGCGUUCCUCAGUAUAUACCGCAUCUCCAAAAGAAUCGUACUAAACCUCGAGGAGUUCGGGGCAAGCAUCUGGGCGGGUUACAAACUAGUGGCAACUUGAGUGAAAGGCCGCUUGAUAACUGUAGAGGGUGCAUUUUCAAAGAUGAAUUUUGUUAUCGGG